UCAUCUAAAUUCAAUAACACAUGCAACUUCCACCUUUCCUCAGCUGCUCUCAACCAAUGGCGGUAGUUUCCUCCAACAGCAUCCCAUCUUUAACCCUCGGCUCACUGAGUCAACUCGGAAGGCGUUCGCUCGGAUGUCCAUCACUCUCUCUAAAACUCACCCACCUCUCUAAUUCAUCUCUUCAUUGCUCGUUAAAUGUACCUGAAAACACACAUGAGGACACCCCGAUGGAGAAAAGGUUCCCACCUUAUCCUACUGUUAUGGACAUUAAUCAAAUAAGAGAAAGAUUACCACACAGGUUCCCAUUUUUGUUGGUGGACAGAAUAAUAGAAUAUAAACCAGGCGUUUCAGUUGUUGGUAUAAAGAAUGUGACUAUAAAUGAUAACUUUUUUCCUGGCCAUUUCCCUGAGAGGCCUAUAAUGCCCGGUGUUCUUAUGAUUGAGGCAAUGUCACAAGUUGGAGGAGCAGUUAUUCUGGAACCCGAUGUGAAGGGAACUUCUGGGGAAGUUUUCUUUUUGGCCAGAGUCGACAAAGUGAGGUUUCGGAAACCGGUCAUUCCCGGAGAUACUUUGGUUAUGAGGAUGACACUUAUGAAGAUGCAUAAGCGAUUUGGAGUAGCAAAGCUUGAAGGGAAAGCGUAUGUUGGGAGUGAGUUGGUAUGCGAAGGCGAGUUCCUGAUGGCCACCGGUAGUGAUCCACAAGCUCGAUUUCUUUAUCCUUAAUAUUAUAUGGAAAUCAAAUUAUUUUCUAUGACACAAAUGUUGCCUUAAUAUUUCUUUCAAAUCCUGUUUCCUGGGAUGCUAUGAGAUACAUUAGGCUUUUGUUUUUUAUGCAUAGAUUUUUGCUUUAAACCAUCUAAAUUAUAUAUUCUCAAAUGGUUAUGAAUUAAUUAAAUUA